UCUCUCUCCGCACUUUCGAAACUUUGAAAACCUCUUGCGAGCGAGCACGGACGGCCAGCCAGAGCGCCACAGGACACACACAGGCUUCCUCUCUCUUCCAAAAAUGGGAGGAGGCAGGCGACGGAGCUAGGGAAGGAAGAACACGCGCGGUACGGCGGCCUUCUUCAUCGUCCAUUAGCCGCCGAGGGAAGAAAAACAUCUUGGGCUGGAACAGAUUAGGGGCAGAUGGAUCAAUAUGAGGUGUUGGAGCAGAUUGGGAAGGGGUCGUUUGGCUCUGCACUCCUGGUGAGGCACAAGGUUGAGAAGAAGAGGUAUGUCUUGAAGAAGAUCCGUCUCGCCCGUCAGACAGUCAGGUGCCGCCGAUCGGCACACCAAGAGAUGGAGCUCAUUGCAAAAGUAAGGAGCCCUUAUAUUGUGGAAUACAAAGAUUCUUGGGUGGAGAAGGGGUGCUACGUGUGCAUCGUGAUCGGUUACUGCGAGGGAGGGGACAUGUCAGAGGCUAUUAAGAAGGCUAACGGCAACCAUUUCUCAGAAGAGAAACUCUGUGCGUGGUUAGUGCAGCUCCUAAUGGCACUUGAUUACUUGCAUGCUAAUCAUAUCCUUCAUCGUGAUGUGAAGUGUUCAAAUAUAUUCCUUACGAAGGACCAAAAUAUAAGGCUCGGUGAUUUUGGGCUGGCUAAAGUAUUGACUUCUGAUGAUUUAGCUUCAUCAGUUGUAGGAACUCCCAGUUACAUGUGCCCCGAGCUUCUUGCUGAUAUUCCAUAUGGUUCCAAGUCCGACAUAUGGUCGCUAGGCUGCUGCAUCUAUGAGAUGACUGCCCUGAAGCAUGCAUUCAAAGCAUUUGAUAUGCAAACGCUGAUAAACAAGAUAAACAAGUCUGUUGUCGCUCCUCUACCGACCAUAUAUUCGGGUGCAUUUAGGGGACUCGUCAAAAGCAUGCUGCGUAGAAGUCCAGAUCACAGACCAAGCGCUGCAGAUCUGCUUAACCAUCCACACCUUCAGCCAUAUGUGAUGGAAGUUCAAUCGAAGUCGAGUCCUACUCGCAAUAUGUUCCCAGCUAAACUUUCUACCAGACAUGAAAUAAAUAAGAUAUCAUGUUCUGAUGAGGACAACUGGAAACCCCGAUAUAAUAAGAGUCACUCAUUUAAAGUAGAGAGAAUUGUAGAACUUGACAAUGCCACUGCUAAACAUAGCUCUCCUGAAUCUACCAGAAUAGCAAAACAUUGCCCAGAAUUGCUUAAUCAACCAAUGGACCAGUUAUCAGUCCAUGUGACGAAGAAAGUUGUCGAAGAAGUGAUACAUGAUAAGUAUUCAAAAGUAACAAGAUCACCUGCCCCUACUCCACGAAGGGCGUCCUCGACUCCUAGGAGAAGAUUAGAACCUUCAAAGACAUUUCAUGCUAGAACAGCUCAUAAAGAGCAGCCUCCCCCGUCAAGGUCUUCAGUGGACCGGACAGGUCAAGCUACACGUCGAAUAUCACUCUCCCCACACACGUUCAAAACUCCUGAAAAGAGGCGGGGCGCCGACAUUCUCACCAGAUUGAAGUCCCCUGAUGUUUCAGUCAACGCUCCUCGAAUCGACAGAAUUGCUGAAUUUCCACUUGCAUCCUCUGAAGAUCCAUUGCAUCCCAUCAUGAAGCUCCCACCACCAUCUAUAGUUGACCAAUCAAUCACCAAGGACAAAUGCACUUUCCAAGUGCUCCGGAGUGAUAGUGGGAACAACACCGACGCUCCUGAUCUCAACCUGCUCGAUCUUGGCAAUAGUUCACCCAGAAGCUCAUCAGAUUGGAGGCAGAAGAGGUUUGACACGACAUCAUACCGGCAGAGAGCUGAGGCCUUGGAAGGCUUGCUUGAGUUCAGUGCCCAGUUGCUACAACAGGAGAGAUUUCAGGAGCUGGGGAUCUUGCUGAAGCCGUUUGGACCCGGGAAAGCAUCUCCGAGAGAGACAGCCAUAUGGUUGUCAAAGAGCUUCAAAGAAACAGGAUUAUAACUAGAGGCCUGCUAAUGCAAAACAAACCUAAACGCAAUAAUUUGCAUCUUUAUUAGCUUCAGGUACCCUGUACAGUUUCACUUUUUUUUACCCUGAGGUGAUCUUUGUGGAGUGCUAAUUCAAUUUCUUACCUGUAAUGGUCUUGUGGAUAGAAUUCCAUAACUAUCUUGAUAGAUCAACAUCUUGACAUUUCGAGAGAGAAAAAAACUGCUUAUCAUA